AUGAGUAUGAACGUGACGGGAUUUAGUCGCGUAGAGGCUCAGGCCAUUGCCAGCUGCAAUGAGACACCAAAGCAGAAUUUACCUCUUCGACGUGGCCACUUUGGUCGUGUCCGCAUGACUAAAGACGAACUAAACAAAUAUGUUACGCUGGCAAAGAGGCUACUGGAUGAUGCCCUGAACAAGACGCGCUUGGACUGUCAAGAGGGCAGCGCCGACUACCGCAGGUGGAAACAACUUGGAUCUAACGCCGGAUUCAAGCGGCUCACCAAAACCGGCAAUAACAGCAGAGACGUGCACUAUCGUCUGCAAGGUGCUGUGCGGGCCUCAUUGAAUGACCUCAUGGGUGUCAUACAAGCCGACUCGACAGCGCAGGUUGUGGAGCGUCGCAAAGUUCUUUAUAACGACAGCUUGGAUGCGCAUACACUAUGCGUGCUAAAGAAACGAAGUGCGUCGAACAUGCAAGAACACAUUUCAAUUCGCUGGGAGGCGAUUAACCUAAGCAACAAUAGUUCUAUCUACCAGCGUGACAUGUGCUUUCUCGAGUUUACGGGUGUGACCACAGACGUGGAUGGGAUUCCGGUGGGAUUCAUGAUCAAGCACGCUAUUGAGCGCGACGAGUGCGUGUCACUCAAGGAAUCGCACGGACUUACACGACAAGAUUUUACGGAGAUUAUGCUGUUGAGACCAAAGGAGAAUUCUAGCCACACGGAAAUUAUCUUGGACGGUGUCGUCCGGCGUCCUCAAAACUUUCCGGGAUGGCUCGUUAGCUCUUUUCUCGGAAACGUGGCAACGUGCCUAAGCAAACUGCCGAUAUUUGUGCAGGAAAGGCUGUUGGCCAGGUUGCCCAUGAUUAAUGACUGGCAAGUUGUGCCUCAUUCGACUCGUAAGAAUUGCCACGUGUGUUUGAGUAAAUUUGGCAUGCUAUCGAAGAAAGUCAAUUGUCGCAGUUGUGGUGAAGUAGCCUGCAGGUCUUGCAUCGUGACGCGCACGGUGGGCGAGACGGCCAAGUUCUGCACUAAAUGUAUCCUCAAAGUCUCGGCCCAAUCUGGAUACGUCGUUUCUUCGUCUAAACUAGACUCGGCCUCCUUCAUCACAUCUUCAUCUUCUGACGAGAGUCAUAGUUGUCGGGAUUCUGAAAUCCUAUCGCCUUCCAAGCCCUGCAAAACCCGAGCUAGGACCGUGUCUAAGAUGCAUGUCGACAUGAAGCUUCUGGAUGAUCCUAAGGUCAGUCGCCAGAAUUACAGCAUUUCUAGUACCGUUAGCGAGACGAGCUUUGAUAGCUCGAGAUCGUACUGCAUGGGCCGCUGCAGCAGUGACGCAGCACGCUACGGAUCAUUAGAUCAAGAGGUUAUGGAGACGCUGGACACGACUCAGAUGAUUUGCUCCGCUUAUGGCUUGCCACCCACAUCGAAGAGUCAGAAGAGUCGAUCGGUGUCGACGGUCGAAGCUGUGGAGGACUCGAUAGCUCACCAGCGGUACCUGCUGCAGGAAAUGCUUUCGCAGGCAAAAGUCUACCGCCAGCAGCAGGCUUGGGCGUAA